AUGUUGAAUCCUCCAAUCAUCAUUAUCAUCAUCCUAUCAUUAUUAUCAUCAUUACCAUCACCAUCCUCUUCCUUCAACCUCACCCAAUUUCUAACUGAUGAUCCUUCCCAUUUCUACAAAGUAGCUUCUUCAGAAUGUCAUUCUCUGGGUAUUGAUACAGAGAUUGACACUCACAGUCCGGUUACUCUGUUUGUACCGGACGAUGCUGCAUUUGCCAAUGCCGCCGGCGCCGGAUACAAAGCGCUUCCGGUGGCAAACAAAUACUUUAUCUGGCAAUGCCACAUGAUAAGUGGCUAUUUCACCACCUCCUUCCUCAGCCACAAUGCCAAAGUUUGGCAUUCUCAGUCCACAGUGGGGACGGAAAUAAUGGGGGAUAACAAAUUUAUGCUCAACAUUACUGUUUCCCCCAACGGCUCUGUCGAAGUCAGCAACACCGUGGUUCGAGCUAUCGUAACUCGGACUAUCUUCAAUGAAAAUCCUAUUGCCAUUUAUGGGAUCUCAGAGGUGUUGCUGCCUAGAGAUCUUCCCCAAAUUCCUAGCAAUGUUUCUGUUCCCGUUGCCGCCGCCGCCACCACCACUUCCUUUGAUUGUUGUCAUGUGAGACUUGGCAUAGGUCUAUGUCGCUACAAAUUAGGUCAAUUUGAAAAGGCUCGACAGGCAUUUGAGCGUGUUUUGCAGCUUGAUCCAGAAAAUGUCGAGACUCUUGUUGGACUUGCGCUCUAA